AUACGCUAGUACAGUGACUACGCUUCUCUGGUCAAGAUGCUCUCCAGUUUCACUCACAACUUCACAAGUCACAACACACACAUAUCUGUGAUGGACGAAUCAGAUUUUUGUAAAAUAUUUGAUACACUCACAAGCGUUUUAUAAACAGAGAGAUUUGAACAAAAAAAACAAGAUCCAAGUAAUCUCUCUCUCUCUCUCUCCUCUACUCUAGAUUAUUAUUCCCCCAAUUUUAUAUCGCCCCCGCCUAUACACAACAUAUACACACAAUCUACCUAUAUAAUCUACGUAUACAUAAACACAGUAGCGACUCAGUGAGAUAUGGCGGCGGCGACGUCUUCUAUGUUCUGCACAUGGUUCGUAGGGGCAUGUAUAUCAGUGACUUGCGAGAAUGACCAGCAGUCCCCGAUUUUAUCGGGCCGGCGGGGCUCCAGUCGUCGCCGGCGGCUUUUAUCCGGCGGCGGCGGCAGGGCGCAAUUGGCGAGCUCGUUGAUACCGGCGUGGUGUGGAUCUUCGAGUAUUCAGGGUUUAAUGAGUUCGUUCGAGCCGUGUAAUGAGUUUUAUAGUUCGAGAGGAUUGUCUUCGUCUGAUUUUCUGUUUGGCGAUUCGAUUUUUGGAUCUCGAGAUGUUCCGCGGCGCAGGCGGAUUCAACCUGCUGCUUCUUGGUCCGGUGAAGCAAUGGCGGUAGCUGUGCAACCUUCAAUGGAGGGUGCUAUAAAGAAGAAGCCUCCUAUAAAACACAGGCGAGUUGUUGUGACUGGAAUGGGUGUGGAGACUUCAAUUGGUCAUGAUCCAGAUGUCUUUUACAACAAUCUGCUUGAAGGUGUCAGUGGCAUUAGUGAGAUAGAGGGUUUUGAUAUUUCCAACUAUCCGACUAAAAUUGCUGGAGAGAUCAAGUCCUUUUCGACCGAAGGAUGGGUUGCACCGAAAUUGUCCAAGAGGAUGGACAAAUUUAUGUUGUACAUGUUAACAGCAGGGAAAAAAGCAUUGGCAGAUAGUGGCAUUACCGAGGACUUUAUGGAGCAAAUGGAUAAAACUAAAUGCGGAGUUUUGAUUGGCUCAGCCAUGGGUGGAAUGAAGGUCUUCAAUGAUGCUAUAGAAGCUUUAAGGAUAUCAUACAAAAAGAUGAAUCCUUUUUGUGUUCCAUUUGCAACUACAAAUAUGGGAUCUGCUAUGCUUGCUAUGGACCUGGGGUGGAUGGGUCCAAACUAUUCAAUCUCUACUGCUUGUGCCACAAGCAACUUCUGCAUAUUAAAUGCAGCGAACCACAUCAUAAGAGGGGAAGCUGAUUUGAUGCUUUGUGGAGGUUCAGAUGCAGUUAUCAUACCUAUUGGAUUGGGUGGUUUUGUUGCAUGCAGAGCACUUUCCCAGAGAAACAAUGAUCCAACUAAAGCCUCUCGUCCUUGGGAUAAUAAUCGUGAUGGUUUCGUUAUGGGAGAAGGAGCUGGAGUUUUGCUUCUUGAAGAACUUGAGCAUGCGAAGGCUAGAGGUGCUACAAUUUAUGCAGAAUUUCUUGGUGGAAGCUUUACUUGUGAUGCAUAUCACAUGACAGAACCUCAUCCUGAUGGGGCAGGUGUUAUCCUAUGCAUAGAGAAAGCUUUGGCUCAAUCUGGAGUAUCCAGAGAAGAUGUGAACUACAUCAAUGCACAUGCUACAUCUACACAAGCUGGGGACUUGAAAGAGUAUCAGGCUCUCCUUCACUGUUUUGGCCACAAUAAAGAGUUACGAGUUAACUCCACAAAAUCUAUGAUCGGUCAUCUGCUAGGAGCAGCUGGUGCUGUUGAGGCUGUUGCCACCGUUCAGGCAAUUCGAACAGGGUGGGUUCAUCCAAAUAUCAAUCUAGACAGCCCUGAUGAAAGAGUGGACAUGAAUGUGCUGGUUGGACCGAAGAAAGAGAAACUCAAGGUCAAGGUGGCACUAUCUAAUUCUUUCGGAUUUGGUGGUCACAACUCAUCAAUCUUAUUUGCUCCCUACCAGUGAAUAUAUGGAACAACCACACCGACUAGACACUACUUGAUACUUGCUGAUUAUAGGGGUGUUGAUUGUGAUGAUUACCUUCAGGGGUAGUCGUAUGUGGUGAAAACGAAGUUCCAACUGUUUAUUUAAGACAAACAAAGAAGAGGUGCUGAAAAUCGAGGUACCCAUCUGGAGUAGGCCUGUAUGUUCCAGUAGAGGGUUGUAAACUCACUCUUGUAGAGUUUUUUUGAUUUAGCUCUUUCUUUGGGUUUUUACAAAUGUUCUAUAUGAAAGUUGCUAGAACCAUCAUUAUCAAACUGAGCUAUUUCAAUGGGAAUACCAUAUUAUCUGAUGGAUGGUUAUAGGCCUUGAGUGCCUUUAAGUAGAUCAGUUUUUGAGGAGAUUAAUUAGUGAUGGAAUGGAGUAAUUGGGGAUCAGCAACUUAUUCUUUGCAUUUACAUAUAUUUUCUAUUUUGUCUUCA